AUGGGAACGAAGCACCACCACUCCUCUGAUCCGACCGCCGACAAUAAACGGCGACGCCGUUCUGCUUUCUCCAAAAUUGAUGCUGGAAUCGAACCGAAAGAGUGCAUCAAAGUUUAUCUGGUAUCUGGAAAAGAUGAAGUGGAUUCUCCAAACAGUUUCCAAGUUGAACCGAUUGACCUAAAUCCGUUUUUUGAAGAGGAUGGGAAGAUAUAUGGUUACCAGGGUCUGAAGAUCACUGUUUGGCUUAGCAGCAUAUCAUUCCAUGCAUAUGCUGAUAUUUCUUUUGAGAGCACAUCAGAUGGUGGCAAGGGAAUAACCGACUUGAAGUCAUCUCUUCAGAAUAUUUUUGCUGAGAAUCUUGUUGAGAGCAAAGAUGACUUUCUUCAGACAUUUUCAAGUGAAUGCCACUAUGUGAAAUCUGUCGUUGCUGAUGCAGAAGUAUUAAGUAAAGAAGCUAUUACUGAUACCAGUGGGAACUCCAUUUGCCAUCUUAAAGAAGAUUCCGGAAACAUUGAGGUACUUUUCCGGGUCAGGGGUCCUGGGGUGGGGCAGCUUUAUAGCCGAUUGGUCUCGCUUGUUCUUCUUCUAAUAGAUGGUAGAAGUAACCCUAUUGAUGUUACUGAUCCAAGUUGGGAAAUCUAUAUUCUAGUCCAGAAAGACCAACAUGAAAGUUGCACGAGGCUGCUUGCUUUUGCAGCUGUUUAUCAUUUUCACAGGUACCCUGAGGGCGUGCGUCUGCGCCUUGGUCAGAUAUUGACUAUACCCCCUUACCAGCGGAAGGGCUAUGGCAGUUGUCUCCUGAAAAUGCUCAACAACAUUGCAAUUGCUGAUGACGUUUAUGAUGUCACAAUGGAAGAACCAGUGGAGUCCCUCCAACACGUGAGGACAUGCAUCGACGUGCAGCGCCUUUUGGCAUUCGACCCAAUCCACAAAGCCCUUGACUCGGUCGUCUCCCGACUCAAACACGAAAACCUCUCCAAGAAAAGCCAGCCGUGCAAGUGGGGCCCACCGGCGAGUGCAAUUGAGGAUGUGCGUAAAAAUUUGAAAAUCAACAAGAGACAGUUUGUCCAGUGCUGGGAGAUACUGAUCUAUCUUGGCCUCGACUCCAUCGAUAAAUACAUGGAGAAUUACAAGGCCGUAAUUUUGGGCCGCAUGAAGGUGGAUGUUGUGGGGAAAGAAUCUGGCGGGAAACGUUUGGUUGAUAUCCCGACUGAGUUUGAUGGGGAUAUGUCGUUUGCAAUGUUCAAGUCGGAGAAUGGGGAGUGUGGUGUUGGUAUUGAGAAGGAUGAGGGUGAGAGUAAUCAGGAGGAGCAGCUGAAGCAGUUGGUGGAUGAGAGAAUGAAAGAGAUUGAGUCAGUUGCUGACAAGGUUGCUCGGCGUUCGUAG